AAGGACAGUCACACAAUGUCCCUAACCUCACCUCUCCUCCAACUUCCUCUCUGCCAGUUCAAAUCCCUCAGCCUCACCACCCCAUUCCUUCAUGGCUCCUCACCAAUUUCCCUAUUCACCAAACCCCCUUCCUCUUCUUCUCCACCAUCCCCACAAUCCCCCAUUUUCCUCCCACCAAUCCGAGCCAUGAAGUCACUGCAAGGCCGAGUGGUCUGCGCCACCAGCGACAAGACCGUGGCCGUCGAGGUGGUCCGUCUAGCUCCGCACCCAAAGUACAAGCGGAGAGUGAGGAAGAAGAAGAAGUACCAAGCUCACGACCCCGAGAACCAGUUCAAAGUUGGGGACUUUGUUCAGCUCGAAAAGAGUAGACCCAUUAGCAAGACCAAGACUUUCGUUGCUGUUCCCGUCAUCGGAAGGAAUGCGCCAAAGUCGAAGGAGGCUGUAGCUCAGGAACUUGUACUUCCAUUGGAGUCUCUGCAAAGUUAGCGUGUAGGUUCUCUUUGUUUUUGAAGUGUACUUGUAUUGAACACUCUUUUGUUGUUAUGAUCUCUGUGAUCACGUUUUUAAUGAUAUCCGAUCGAUACACGUUUGUGGGUUUGAGUUGAAUAACAUGUUUGUGGGUUUGAUUUGUUAACCCGUUUGUGUUAUCUGCACUAAAGUUAUUGUUUUUGCCGUAGAAUUAGGGUUCUUGAGAUAUUUGCAAAGUGAGUGUUCGAUGAUUUGCCAAUGAG